AAUUAUGUAUGUGACUUUAGUUGCGUAGUCUCAUCUCACUCACGGACCAAAUCUACUUCACUCCUUCUUCAACGGCAAUGAAGUAAACUCAUCUUCUCCCAUUAAAUAUCUCACCUUCCCCACUUCAAAAAUGUUAAAUUUUCAACAUUUUUGAUUUCGACUUUUUUUCGGAAAUCUUUCGAAACCAUAAUUUGACAAUGUUUUACAAGAAUCAACUAUCUACAACUCACAUCCUUGUUGUCAUCUUGUUAUCCACAACUACAACAUUUUAUCCAUCCUCUUGUGAUUCAAAUUCUCAGCCUGAAAGCAAACAACAGCAGGACACUAGUAAUAGCGACAUUGUUUACAAAUCCACCAAAGAUAAAAACUUAGCAAUCAAGGACAGACGGGGGCCCAAUUGGCAAAGAAACAACGCAAUAAUCGACUUUGACCUAGAAGGUUCUCCAAGUUCAGAAGAGUUGGAGGCACAAUUGAGACCAAAACGUGGUGGUUACUAUUUCUACGGACAUCCACACAGUCCCAACUUUUUUGACCGAUACUUUGACAGAGAUCGUGGAGGCCAUGGGCGCAGAGACCAGCAGCAUCAUCCACGACAGCAGGAGAAUUCAUGGGGUGGCAGAGUCAUGAAUAAGUUUCGACAUAGGACAAACAACUUAUUAAAUGCAGCUAGCUCCGUUGCAUUUGCGCAUGAAAAUUAUGGAAAUGAAGAUGACAUUCCUGAUAAUGAGGCAGCCGGUUCGAGCUCUGGGGGUAGCUAUGGGGGUGGUCAUAGGGGAGGCUAUGGGAAAGGGGUCAACAAAUCAGCUGUGGGGCUGUUAGGUUUUCUUUCUCUUUUGUCACUGAUACAAAGCGGACUGACCACAACAACGGUAGCACCUGGACGAAGGCGUCGAGACGUGGCUGAUAAUUACUCAGAAAUUAUAGAUUCUGAAACCGUCAAGCUUGGACCAGACGCUGAACGUGAAGCACAGUCGCAAAAGAUCGCAGAUAUCGUUUUGCCACUCUUGACCUCAUUCUCAUUUGCAAUGCAAGCAGAUCAAGUUGCAGAACAAAGAAUGAAGUGCGUACUAAAUGAUGUAUGUGUCUCAAACAAGCGUCUCGUAGUGGAAUUUGGUGAACAUGGGAAAGAUGUCGGACUGAUGUUGGGAAAUGUGUUGGAAAGUAUGGCAAAAAAGAGGAUGAGCAAAGGUCCCACAAGUAAUGAACCUUUCCUCAAACUACGGUAUGCUGCAAGAGCUGGUAGAAAUCAGAGAAAUUGUGAAAAACAUUAUCCAAAAUGCGUAUGAUUAUGGUUGGGGUACUUGAUAAUAAUUAAUUAUGAUUAGAACACUGAUACUAAAUAUAUACGUAACAUGGUGCGUACAAACAUAAUAUUACAUACAUAAGCUGUAUAAUAAACUUAUUCUAGUUAGUAUAGUGGUUGUUCUGUAGUGUAAUUUAAAAAUAUGCUAAAUUUGAUGCUAUUUACCAUCAAGAUAAAUAUGUAGUAUAUGAUCCCAGAAAUUCUUAUCUGCGUGUACGACCAAAAUUUACCUGAUUAUUAUGCACGUUGGGAAAUGUUUCUGCUAAUUUAAUUGCCCAAAGUUCAUAUCCAGCCGUAUUUUCUGGAUAGUUCAUUUUUAAUUGUUGAAUAUUUGGAAACAUCGUCCCCUCCGUAACUCCUCUCAAGAUUAAGUCAUCAUAGAAAGUUGCUCUAACCGUUGGACCUGAUGAAUCCGAAAUCCAUACAUUCAAAAUUUUGAGACGAGGCAACUUGUCACAUAUUGUAGGCUCAAUUUGCAAUCCCUGUAACAAUAAUUUUACAUCGUGGUGAAAAUUAUUUAUAUGUAUUUAGAAACUGUAAAAUUAUUUUAUUUCACCUCGAAAGAGAAGGGAUAAACAUAAAGCGUCAAAUAAAACAGAAUCUGGAACAUAUUCAACGCCAUCACUGCUCAACGAAUCCUCGUACUCUGAAAUAUGGAAAAUUAGACUAAUUAUGAGUAAUCUGUUCAACUAAAACUAAAUGCUUUUAUAGAAAUAAAUUUAAUUUAUAUGUGUCAAUA